GGCCUUUAUUCGAUAGGUCGGAAAUACUUGACGGCGUCUUUUUUGGACUCCUUCAAAAUCCCUGCAUUUCGACAAGUUAUUGUCUAUCAUCGUGAACAAAGCCUUUCGAAGAGGUGGGAUUGCCAGGCAAUUGCUUGCUCGAGGUAUUCUAGUCGGUCAGUUCGUUUUCAAUGGGGUUCAACUUUGCUUAGCACAUCAGGCCUGUUGUUCAUUCGCAUACCACGACUGCAUCGCUCGGACUUAUAUAUAUAUACACAUUGACACGCCGUCAACCAGAGUUUGGACUUAUUCAGGGAGAGAACGUGAUGGUUACAGUUGGCGAAACUCAACCGUUGCUCGGCGGGCCCAAUUUGCAACGAGAAGAUACAGAUCACCAGCCACUGCUAGUGACCCAGGACGCCGUGGUUGUGGUCGCCUUCGACGCGGAUGGCGACGAGGACAACCCGCAAGACUGGCCGGCCGCCUACAAAUGGGGGAUUGUGGCCUUGCUGGCCUUUAUGGCCUUUACAGUAACAUUUACCUGCAUCUCGGUUGUGCCGGUAUCAAACCGCAUCGUGGACGACCUGAGCCACGGACACUCGAGCAAAUCGGCCAGCGUACUGCUCGUGACGAUCUGGGAACUCGGCGAGUCAGCCGGCCCGUUGUUAAUCGCACCGCUCUCCGAAAUGUUUGGUCGAUACCCAGUGUUCAACGUGGCCAACGUGCUGUUCAUCGGGGCAACGAUCCUAGCGGCGCUAUGCCAGACGACGCCGCUGUUCAUCGGGGCGCGCGCACUGACGGGCCUCGCAGUGGCCAGCAAUGUGCUGAGUCCCGCCAUCGUCGGCGACAUGUUUGUAUCUGACCAGCGCGGCUCGGCUAUGAGCAUGAUCAUGUUCGCACCACUGCUGGGCGGUGCCGUCAGUCCAGCCAUCGCGGGCCUGGUUGCCGAAAGCCUGGGAUGGCGCCAGGUCCUCUGGAUGAGUGUCAUUCUGGCGGGUAUCUGUGAGGUCGUGUUUCUCACUUGCUUCCGCGAGACAUAUAAGGUGGCAAUUCUCAAACGUCGUGCCGAGAAGAUACGCCGGGGAAUGGACUUACACAGAGGCCCAGGUCUACCGAGACCGUCGAUUGUCUUUGCAGACGCAGACAUGCAGGCCGAGUCGCACCAUAGGUUCUGGGAUUCUAUCAUGAGACCGGCCGUCGUGUUCGGAAGCUCGACUGUCUUGCAGGUCAUGUCGCUGUCUGGGUCGCUCAUGUUUGCCUUCUUCUACAUCAUGUCGACUUCGUUGCCGGAUAUACUUGAGGGUAUCUAUGGCUUGUCACCGGCCAAGACUGGGUCUACGUUUAUUGCUUUUAGCGCCGGCUCCGCAAUCUCUGUCGUCAUCAUCAACCGUCUCCUCGACCGAAUCUACGUGUCCCUCCGCGCGCGCAACAAAGGCCUUGACCAACCCGAAUACCGUCUCCCCUUAGUCAUCGUCGGCGGCUUCAGCGUGCCUUUGGUGGUUGCCCUUUACGGGUGGACAGCCCAGAUCCAACUCCCCGUCUGGGUUCUGGUCGUGACCUUGGUGCUGCUCGGCUCGACCACAAUGUUGGCGUUCAUUCCUCUCUUGGCAUACGUGGUCGAUGCCUUCAAAUUGCAUUCGGCAUCGGCUUUAACGGCAGUCAUUGUCACGAGGUGUCUAAUGGGUACCUUUUUGCCGCUGGCCACACAACCCUUGGUGAGUCGAUUCGGUUGGGGGUGGGGAUUUAUGGUCUUUGCGGCCGCGAGUCUCGCUAUGGCUCCGAUUCCGGUGCUGGUAUUUAAGUUUGGUGCGAGGUGGAGGAGGUGGUCGAGGUAUACUCGUGGUAGUGAAGAGUAAUUUGUCCAUCUCUUAUGGUAGGCUAGUUUGUUACUGGCCUGGAUGGAUGGGUUCUGGAUUGAAAAACAAUUGUUGGGCGGAAUUAGAACAGAGUGAGAUUUAGACAAGAGCCGGACUGGUGUAACUGGUGUUCUUUAUAUACAAGGAAGACCCAGGGGCCUCAAGGUGUCGGUUAGAUCUAGUGAAGCAAGCAAAGCAUGAAGGAAUGAUAAUGAUAUGGUUGACCAAUGGUCAUUUGGAUCACAUUUGGUACUAUAUGCAGCUCAUUUCCAAUAGUUGUAGUUUGCCGAACUGGAAGCUUGGUGUUGCAAGACGCGACCGAUCCCUUGAUAUCAUAAUCC